AUGAUGAUGCGGGGUGCUUAUAAUUUCCCACCGAACCCGACAACACCUGUUCAACCCCAACCGAUCCCGACGCAACCCUUUCAACAAUCCGAACCCGACGGCGAUGUGGAGGUUGUUCCCGAAACCCAACCGCCUAAAGGAAAAGGAAAACGAAACAAAGGCAAGCAAGUGGUGGGUGAUCAACCGUCCAAACCGAAGGCGACUAAGUGGACGCCAAUCGAAGAAGAAGCCUUAGCCAAGGCUUACAUUGGCAUGUCUAACCACCCGACAAAAGGUAAUAACCAAACGGGUGACGGGUUUUGGUCCAAGGUUUUGGCGAAGUUCCUCGGCCUUAUGGACCAAGGCGCGUAUCGAGAUGUCGACUCGGUUUCAUCAAAGUGGCGGAAAUUGAAUGCGUCCAUCAAUAGGUUUUGCGAGGAAUAUGAUAAGUUAUAUACAAGUGGGCGUCGUAGCGGCAUGAGCGACGACGAUGUGUUCCAAAAAGCGUUGGACAAGUAUAAGGCGAACAACGGUGGUACCAACUUUACACACGUUCGCGCGUGGGCAAUUCUAAAAGACGAUCCAAAAUGGGCGCCGAUUCCCAACGAGGUGGAGAUGGCGAAACGCCAAAAAACAUCGGAAACGGGUAGUUUUAGCGCCGGUGGAUCGGACGCGAGGUGUCAAAUAAACUUAAAUGAUGACGCCGACUUUGACGAAGAGGAGUACGCUGUACAUGAAGCGGAGCGUCCACCGGGCCGAGACAAAUUAAAGAAGGAGCGGGCCAAGGGGAAAGAAAAGGAAACGGUGGACCCGAAGAUGGAAGAGUUUAUGGAAAACUUAAAAAUGUACAACGAAGUCUCGGCCCAAAAGAGACGAAGGCGAAGGAGCGGGCCGUCGAAGAAAAAGCUCGUGUAG